AUGGCAGAAGAAGCUUCAAGCACAAUACUUGUACUGAACUCAGGAUCGUCAACCAUCAAAUUCAAACUAUAUUCAGCAAAGGAUCUGACUCUCGUUGCCUCAGGCUCCAUUGACGCUCUUCUCUCGAAGCAACCCGCCAUAAAUGUUACCGUCAUCAAGCCAUCAUCGAGCAAGAUCAAGAAUGAAGCUCUUUGGGAUUCUCCACCGACACAAGAAGAUAUCAACAAUUAUGAAGUUGUGUUUCGAGCAUUCUUGGAAAAGAUUAGACCACACUUGGUUUUCGAUCAUGUUGCUUGUAUUGCACACAGAGUCGUUCAUGGAGGAAAGCUAUUUGACGCUCCAACUAUAUUGACCGAUAAAGUUAUUGAAGAUCUCAAAACCGUAUCAGACUUGGCACCCCUUCACAACCCACCAGCACUGUCACUCAUACACGCAACGAGGGCUAUAUUCAGUGACAAACCACAGAUAGCAAUAUUCGAUACCGCAUUUCAUAGAACCAUGCCUGAAGUCGCCAAAACCUAUGCACUCCCAUAUGACAAAUGUCUUGAAUUAGGGAUUGCAAAGUAUGGGUUUCAUGGAACGAGUCAUGGGUACCUUGCUAAGAAGACUACUGCGUAUCUGGAGUCUGUCAAGCCCGUUACUGCUAUUGGUGCCAUAAAACUUCCGUGGAGAUUGGUUACGCUGCAUCUUGGAAACGGGGCAUCGGCGUGUGCGAUAUUGGAUGGUAAAAGUGUCGAUACAAGUAUGGGUCUCACACCGUUAGAAGGCUUGAUAAUGGGAACUCGAUCUGGAGAUGUCGACCCCUCUGCCAUAUUCCAUCUAUCCCAACCUCAUUUCGCUGAACACACAACUUUGACAGACACUAUCCGGGUAUCACAGGCCGAAGACAUCCUCAACCAUUCAAGUGGCUUGCUGGGUAUAUGUGGAGAAUCAGACUUUAGGAAAAUAGAGCCAAUCCUGUCCUCAAAUGACAGCACUUCCGAAAAAUAUCGAAGAUGUAAACUAGCUGUAGACAUGUUUACAUACCGCAUUGCCAAAUAUGUCGCAUCGUAUGUAGUACCCUUAAAAGGUAUUCCUCAUUGUAUUGUGUUUGCUGGGGGAGUUGGUGAGAAUUCGAAAAUAGUUAGGAGGCUGGUUUGUGAGUUGUUGGAUGGAUUGGGAGUCAAGUUGGAUGAUGCCAAGAAUGAAGGUGUUGAUGGUAGCGCUGACUUAGUAGAUAUAAGUCAUGCAGACAGUAUAGUGAAGGUGGUGGUGGUCAAAGCAGAUGAAGAAGUUAUAGCUGCUUUGAUCAAUUCUCCAUACGCAUCUAAUCCGGUGUUUCAGGUCAAGAUGAUUAUUGGGACGGUGGGGUUUGUUAGUAUGGUAAUUUCAGUCAUACUAGGAUUUACGAGAUUAUAUCAUCAUCGACAGCCUGAUCAGCGUCCCAGACGUGAUCCUGGAGUACAUCCACAACCUUCAAAGAUGAUGACACGAGAUACGUUGCGAGACAGAGCUCUUGCUAUGAUCAUACAAUUCUUGGAAGUCGAAGACUUCGAACUUGCUGUUCAUGCUUUGAAACAGGAGCUUGGAACGGAAUUGGCCGAUGAUAUCCAGAGAAUUAGUAUUGGAAAACCACUGUUGAGCCUGUUGGCGGAAGCUGAGGAUGAGCUGAAACGAGGACUGGGAGCUAGAACGGAAUCAUCUCAACCAACAUCAAUUUGUGAAACGGAUGCAUUGAAAAAGAUACAGGAGCCACCAACGAGUCCUCCCUCAAUAAAUCAACUGUAUAACUUCACUCCGCACUUCUCAAAUGUACUGGCUGUUGCUACGAUCAACGAUAACAAUGGUGGUGAAUUGCCGCUCAUUGUAACAUCUGCAGCUGAUAAAUCCAUCCGUGUAUCGAGUCUUGUUGGGGAACCACAUCUCGAAAGAAUUUUGUCAAGUCAAUCGUCUCCAAUUAUAAACAUUGUGAUUCAUCCGACGCUGCCAAACGUUAUAAUAACUACAUCUAUGGGAGGCGAUAUGAGCAUGAUUGAUAUUUUAGAAGAUGAGGAGCUAAUGACGUGUCGAAAUCAUAGUAAAUAUGUGGUCGCUGCCGAUAUCAUAGAAACUGAAGAAGGUGGAUGGGUUGCUACUGGAUCGUAUGACAAAACCGUGUGUAUAUAUAGACUACAUGAUGGGUUGCCGGAUUUGGACUCUAGGAUUGUACUGAAGCAUGAAACACAGGUGGAAGCAGUCUGCUUUGUCAAAGCUACACAUGAGCACGGUUUAGCACUCGUAGUGGCAUGCCGUGACACCAACUAUUUGUUGUAUUACUAUCUCUCUGGAAAUGGACAGCCAAAACUGGUCAAGUACAAUAUGAACGCCAAUAAUGAUGAUUGGAUAUCCUUCUCAGUCUUACAUUUGGCCACGUCAGAGAGUGGUCCAUAUCUGCUAGCAAGUACGUCUACUCCUACAGGAAAGCUGCUUCUCUUCUUGACGCAUUCGUCAAAGAUCCUGCUGUCGUGUUACGGAGCUCCAGCUGAGGUAUCGCUGCCCAGAUGCUGUUUCUCGUCGGAUGCAAAGUAUCUCUAUGUAACCGGGGAUGAUUUUGCAAUAUGGUGUUUUCAGGUAUCGACUGGUGAGCUUAUAAGACGUAUAACGACACAUGACGCACCCGUGAGAUGCAUUUACAUGGAUAAGCAGAUGAAUUGGGUGGUGAGCUGCGGGUUUGAUAAGCAAGUUUAUAUACAUGGUCAAUAG